UUUUUUGAUUGCGUAGUGACGCCAUUGAAGCGGCUCAUCACUCAUAUGAUAGUGUGGCUUAUUCUUACCUCUAGAGUGCAACUUGCAAACCCUAGUUUUCAUCUCUCUCUAUUAUAUAUCACUACCCUCUGGGGCUUGCUUUAGAUUCUCUUCUCUUCUUUAUUAUUCUUCUCUUUGAUUGUGACACAUCUGGUUUCUUACCUCUGUCUUUCCCAAGCACCUCGUAGGUUCUGUUCUUUUACGUCACUAGGUGAUCGUUGAUCAUCAGUGACUCUGUUUUGCGAAAUUCUGCUUCAGAUUUGUUGAAAAAAGAGUUGAAUUAUGAGUGGAGCUGUUCUUGUUGCUAUUGCUGCUGCUAUUGGAAACUUGUUACAAGGAUGGGACAACGCAACUAUUGCAGGAGCUGUGUUGUACAUAAAAAAGGAGUUUCAUCUAGAGAGUAACCCAUCAAUGGAAGGUCUAAUUGUGGCCAUGUCACUUAUCGGUGCUACUCUGAUCACAACAUGGUCCGGAGGAGUAGCUGAUUGGCUUGGUCGCCGUCCCAUGCUGAUACUCUCCUCAGUUCUCUACUUCGUCGGUUCUCUAGUUAUGCUUUGGUCUCCAAACGUUUACGUGCUGCUCUUAGGAAGGUUGCUAGAUGGGUUUGGGGUCGGUCUUGUGGUCACGCUUGUUCCUAUCUAUAUAUCUGAAACCGCACCUCCCGAGAUAAGGGGACUGCUGAACACGCUUCCGCAGUUCACUGGCUCCGGAGGGAUGUUCUUGUCUUACUGCAUGGUUUUCGGAAUGUCUUUGAUGCCAUCUCCUAGCUGGAGGUUGAUGCUCGGUGUCCUUUUUGUGCCUUCGCUUGUUUUUUUCUUCCUCACGAUCUUCUUCUUGCCUGAGUCUCCGAGGUGGUUGGUGAGCAAAGGUCGAAUGCUUGAAGCAAAGAGGGUUCUUCAGAGGCUACGUGGUCGCGAAGAUGUGACCGGUGAGAUGGCUUUGUUGGUUGAGGGACUUGGGAUUGGAGGUGAAACAACCAUAGAGGAAUACAUAAUCGGACCUGCGGAUGAUGUAGCUGAUGAUAAUGACAUAGCUGUGGAUAAGGAUCAGAUUAAGCUGUACGGUGCGGAAGAAGGACUUAGUUGGGUUGCUAGGCCGGUCAAAGGAGGAAGCACAGUGAGUGUUCUGUCUCGCCAUGGAAGUACGAUGAGCAGGAGGCAAGGCUCGUUGAUUGAUCCACUCGUCACGCUGUUCGGGAGCGUUCACGAGAAGAUGCCGGAGACUGGAAGCAUGAGGAGCGCCUUGUUCCCACAUUUCGGGAGUAUGUUCAGCGUUGGAGGUAACCAGCCGAGGAACGAGGAGUGGGAUGAAGAGAAUCUCGUCGGAGAAGGUGAGGAUUAUCCAACGGACCGUGGAGAAGAUUCGGAUGAUGAGCUUCACUCUCCUUUGAUCUCACGUCAAACGACGAGCAUGGAGAAAGACAUGCACGCAGGUCAUGGACCUCUUUCUACUUUCAGACAUGGGAGCCAAGUGCAGGGAGCUCACGGGGAAGGAGGAGGAGCGGGGAGUAUGGGGAUUGGAGGUGGAUGGCAAGUGGCGUGGAAAUGGACUGAGAGGGAAGAUGAGUCAGGGCAGAAAGAAGGUGGGUUUAAGAGGAUUUACUUGCAUCAAGAAGGCUUCCCUGGAUCACGACGCGGCUCCAUUGUUUCAUUGCCUGGAGGAGGGGAAGGAACCGGUGAGGCAGAGUUUGUACAAGCGUCUGCUUUGGUUAGCCAACCGGCUCUUUACUCCAAAGACCUCCUCAGAGAACAUACGAUUGGUCCUGCCAUGGUUCAUCCGUCAGCAACAGCUAAAGGGUCACUUUGGCAUGAUCUUCAGGAUCCUGGUGUCAAACGUGCACUUUUCGUUGGAGUUGGUCUUCAGAUACUUCAGCAGUUCUCAGGGAUCAAUGGAGUUCUUUAUUACACACCUCAAAUCCUAGAGCAGGCAGGCGUUGGGAUUCUGUUAUCAAACUUGGGGAUUAGUUCUUCCUCAUCAUCUCUACUUAUAAGUGCAUUGACAACCUUUGUGAUGUUACCUGCAAUAGCUGUUGCAAUGAGGCUCAUGGAUCUCUCUGGUCGAAGGACGUUGCUGCUCACUACGAUUCCAAUCUUAAUAGCAUCUCUAAUAGUCUUAGUAAUCUCGAAUCUAGUCCACAUGAACAGCGUUGUCCAUGCAGUCUUAUCAACAGUAAGCGUCGUUCUCUACUUCUGUUUCUUCGUGAUGGGUUUCGGUCCUACUCCAAACAUCCUCUGCUCGGAGAUCUUCCCAACUCGAGUACGUGGGAUCUGCAUCGCCAUUUGCGCGCUCACGUUCUGGAUAUGUGACAUUAUCGUCACUUACAGUCUCCCUGUGCUGCUUAAAUCCAUCGGGCUUGCUGGUGUGUUUGGCAUGUAUGCAGUCGUCUGUUGCAUCUCGUGGGGAUUUGUGUACCUUAAAGUCCCUGAAACUAAAGGUAUGCCGCUUGAAGUCAUUACUGAGUUCUUCUCUAUUGGAGCUAGACAAGCUGAAGCUGACAAAACCAACUGAGAAAACUAAAAGACAGGAAGGAGUUUCAAGUUUGUAAUGUUACCAUGUUGGUGUGGAUUUGUUGUUGUCUUUCUACUUUGUGCAGUAAUAAUCAUCUCCCUCUCUGUUUCUUCUCCCUCUUGUGGGGAGAAAAAAAAGAUUCAGACUUUCAAUUACAAAUCUCUUUAUUAUCACU